UGCAGCUUUGCCGCGAACCUUCGGGUGGCGCGGCAGCGGGAGGUCGGUUCGCUGCCAGCCGCGGGUGGGCGCGUCAUGUGCUCCCGCAACGCGCAUGCGCACCGGUGGAGACCGGGAAUGGUCGCCGGGAGUUGUAGUCUUUUAACUUCCCGCCCGUUUGUGGGAGGGGGGGGUUGGAAGCCGAAGCGAGAGCUUGCAGCGUCGUGAAAUGCGUUCGACGCAAGGGCGGCGAGCUCAUCGAUGAAGAGAAGACGACGGGUAACGUCUGAUAAAAGGCGGCGGAGAGGCCCGAGCGGCGGGGAAACCGACCGGACGGAGAAGGCGGGUUGCGCUAGCGACGCGAUUGCGUCACGGGGGUCUAGCAGGACGGGCCGAGCGGCGCCGCGACGCGAUUACGUCACGGGGGUCUAGCAGGACGGGCCGAGCGGCGCCGUGACGUCACGGCGGCUGGGCCGGCUGGCGAGAGGAAGCUGCAGAUUAAUGAAUCGGGUCGGUGGCAUCGUUCAGGACCUGGGGCUCUUAGCAAUGCUGAUUUAUAACCAGAUGCUCUAUAAUACAACAAUCUAAAUCGAGGCUUGCUGGUUUCGUUCCUAUGCAGCAAGAAGAUCGUGGUUAUGUGUAUGUUCUGUGAGACAAGCAGACAGACUAAAUGUUUCCUGGCUGCCAAUACAGUGCUUGGGAGCCAAAAUGCCAUCUUUGCCUGUCAAUUAGGCCACAGCUGCUUUUUUUCCACUUAAAAGAUUACUAACACUGCAUGGUGUGGGUGCCCGUGCAAAAGUCAAGGGCUGACAACGUUGCCUUGCUACACCGAUCUAACACGAAUCUUGUGAACAUGUUCAUUGAAUGGUUAAUAGACUGGGACCUGACACUGGACCGAAUCAAAGGCUUGGUCCUGGCGAGCUUGCAAGCAGUGAGAGAGUGUGACGUAACAGCCGUGACCACCUUUGCCUGCAUCUUAGGGCUUUUUGUGUGGUACUGCUACCACAUAGGCAGUGAGCAGCCCCGCAGCCACACACCAGUGAAUGCCAUAAUGCAGAGUGCUGACAUAAACGGAUUGCAAAAUGGUUACACAUGCUGCCAAUCUGCUGAUUGCAUAAGGUGCACCCAUAACGAGGGACGCAAUCAGAAACUUUAUCACAAUCUGCAGGAAUACGCCAAGCAUUACUCGUGGUCAGGAAUGGGACGGAUCCAUAAAGGAAUCCGGGAGCAGAGCCGAUAUUUGAACACCAGACCUUCCAUUCAGAAACCAGAAGUUUUCUUCCUGCCUGACUUGCCUACAACUCCGUAUUUUUCACGAGACGCCCAGAAGCAUGACGUAGAGUUGCUGGAGCGGAACUACCAAGCCAUCCUGGCCGAAUUUGAAUUGAUUUUCAAAGCAUUCUCAAACUGCAACCUUCCACAGGGCUGGAAGGUUAAUACCACCCCCAGAGGCGACUGGUUCACCUUCUAUCUGGUUAACCAGGGCAUCUGCCUUCCCAGUAAUUGCAGAAGGUGCCCUCGGACGUACCGCUUACUAGGCAGUCUUCGCACUUUCAUCAGUAACAAUGUCUUUGGGAAUGCCUGUUUCUCUGUAUUGAGUCCAGAAACACUCAUCACCGAACACUACGGACCCACAAACGUGCGGAUCCGCUGCCACUUAGGUUUGAAGGUUCCUAGCAACUGUGAACUGGUGGUAGGCGGAGAGCCUCAGUGCUGGGCAGAAGGGCGGUGUUUGCUAUUUGAUGAUUCCUUCCUUCACACAGCAUUCCAUGGAGGUUCAGCUGAAGAUGGUCCGCGGGUUGUCUUCAUGAUUGACUUGUGGCACCCGAACGUUGCAGCCACUGAGCGCCAAGCUCUAGACUUCAUCUUUUCUCCGGCCCGCUGACUUCACUUGAUCCUGUUUUAUUCUUCCUCCUGAGUGGCAAACCUCGGAAGGAACGGAGCACUGGACGGAAUGAGGGCUCUUGGAUCAUUAGACCUGCUGCCCCCUUCUCAUUUCAUCAGAAAGGAAUCAGUGGGCAAAAUAAGGAAAAUAUAAGCUUUAUUUGCUGAAAUUGCACGCAAUGUCGUGUUAAUGGUUAGAUGAAGAAAAAAAAGUCCAAGAUUGAUUUAUUUAUGUAUGCUUCGGAUUUAUUUUUUUAACGAAGUGGAUCAGGCUCAACUUCCUUUCUUUCCACCAGUCAGUGGGGUAGGUUGUGCUGCCUAUUUGAUUUUUGUCACGCUGCAUUGCAGCCAGUAGGACUGUUUUCCUUGAGCUGUGUACUUUUGAUUUUAAACUGUCUCCUCUGUGAGAGCUAAUCCAGGUUAGACACUGUGAAGGUUUUCUGGCCCAGUUUAUCUGGUUGUCAGUAUUCAUUUUGGCAGGGGUGGGUGGGACUGGGUGGGUAUAGAGUGGGAAAAACACAAUAGCUGUCCAAGAAUUUUCCAAAGAAAUUCCUGGGAUUGUGUGCCCAUGUACAGGUGAGCGGAGUAGGAUCCUAAUUGAGCAUGUUAAAAACUCCUGUGAUUCGGAGUUUCUAGAUCAGUUUGCGAUUUCUCACAGACUGCUUACUGUCUCGCUUCUGUACCUCAGCAAUUUUAAUGUAUUUUGCAGUGGAAAACAUUUAAAUUAUAAAGGAUUAGUUUUAUAUAUAAAAAAAACAUUGAAUAGGUUAAAGGAAAAUUACACACAAAACUCGCUCUUUUCUCAUCAGGGAAGAUGACAGAUCAAUAGGUCAUACAGAGAGUGCUAGGUGUAAAGGAAGAGACAUUAGAAAGUGUUGCUGUGAUUAUCACAAUUAUUUUUGAAAUGCAAGUCCUUCAUGAGAAAAUCAGUACAAUUCGUUGUUCCAUUCAUUGAAUGGGAAGUUCUUUGAUGCAUCGGCCUUCCAUACACAGUAACAGGAAUGAACAAGAAGAUAUCAUCAUUAAGUUCCAAUAGUUAAACAGGUUUACAUUUAUUUUUAAUUCUUUAAUCAAUAAAAAAAUUCACUUUCGUGAAUCUGAAGAAUACUCAUUUUGGGUCAUUAUUUUUAAUUUAUCAAUGUACUUUGGGAUUGAAACAGUUAUCCAGAAUUAUCUUUUUAUUCCUUUGGCAUCAUCAAAGGAGCAGAAUGGUUUGCAGAGUUGGAAGGUUAUUUUUCCACUUUGUGCACAGUGCCUGAAGAACUUCAGUCUGUGAUGAAGGGUGGUGCACCACAGUGUUAGCUGCAGGCUUUGUAAUGUGCGGGAGCCCCAUGCAAGAAAAGAAAGGAACUGCAGAUUACUUCUCAUCACCAUCUCCAUGUCUUAAAUACUUAGCUUGAGCUUUGUCUAUCCCAGUGAACUCUGAAUAAGAUUGUCCUAUCAAAAGAUGGUAAGGAGGUCAACCACUGUACUGAAUUUUUGGCAGCUUUGAAUGGUAGAUUUGUGUUUGAAUGAAACUGAAGUGAAUGUGAUUGGAACCUUAAACAGCUGCCUGAUAAGGAGAAACUUUCUUCCAAAUUCAGCUGUAACCAAGCCUAGGCUCUUUGUACCAUGUGAACUUAACUUGUAGUGCUGCAGUUAUCUACUUCGAUUACAAAUGUAGUAAAAUAUUACUUUUCUAUUUGUGCCACCAGUGAAUUAGCAUUAUGUGAACUUGCGUCUAAAAGGAAUUAAUGCAAUGCCACAGAAUUCAGUUUAACAUCUAUGCUCUUCAUGAUACAAUGUGAUGCUUGCCUACUACUGUGAGUCUGACAUUUCCAUUUGAUGAACUAUAUUUUCAUAAGUAUGCUUACCUCUGCUGGCCUAGUCAUUUUGGUUGCGCAAUCUGGCCAUAAGAUUCCCCCAAACCUUGGGGUAAAUGACUUCUAUUGAUGCACUUUACUAUAUAUGAUAGCUAAUGUGUUGCAUGUGUACACAUGGAAUUGUGCUGGUGCAAGAUUUGAAGAAAUAAACCACACAUUAAGUUUUA